AUGAAGCUUCACAACCCCAAUUUUUCUGCAUUAUUAUGCUCUACAUUCCUUCAUAUCAUUCUACUUUUUACUUUAACCCUUCUGUGCUUGAAACCUGCCACCUCUUCUGUCACUCCAACAAAUGAGACUGACCGUUUGGCUUUGCUCAAAUUCAAGGAAUCCAUUGAUUAUGAUCCAUAUAGAAUCUUGAGCUCAUGGAAUGAUUCUUUCCACUUCUGCAACUGGCAUGGAAUUACAUGCGGCCGCCGUCAUCAAAGAGUCACAACCUUAGAACUACAAGGUCAUAACUUGCGUGGCACCAUUCCCCCUUACAUUGGCAACCUCACCUUUCUUAGGGCCAUCGACCUUGGAAAUAAUAGCUUCUAUGGUGAAAUUCCAAAAGAAGUUGGUCAGUUGUUCCGAUUGCGAGAACUCAUUCUUAUAAAUAACACGUUGGGAGGAGAAAUUCCAACCAACUUGUCCAACUGCUCUGAACUUAGGCUGAUAAGUGUCUGGAACAACAAACUUAUUGGGAAAAUUCCCAUGGAGCUUGGCUCUUUGACCAAGCUUACUUUUCUCUUGGUAUUAACACAAAACCAACUUAGUGGUACCCUUCCAGAAAAUAUAGGCCAUACUCUCCCUAAUCUCCAAUGGUUUACAAUAGGUGAUAACAAAUUCUUUGGGUCAAUCCCUAGUUCUUUGUGCAAUGCAUCUAAACUUCAAAAACUUGUCAUUAACUAUAAUAGCUUUGUGGGAUCAGUUCCGAAAAAAUCAAAAAAGAAACCAUCGUCUAUAGUCCCAAAUAUUGAUCUCCUUCCAACAAUUUCGUACAAAAUGCUCCAUCAAGCGACUAAUGGAUUUUCCCUCAACAAUUUAAUUGGAUCCGGUAGUUUUGGAGUAGUUUAUAAAGGAGUUCUUGAGCAAGAUGAAAGAUUAGUGGCUAUAAAGGUUCUUAACCUUCAAAACAAAGAUGCUUCGAAGAGUUUUAUGGCAGAAUGCAAUGUAUUAAGAAAUGUUCGGCACCGAAAUCUUAUAAAGAUCUUAACAUGUUGCUCCAGUAUAAAUUAUAUUGGUGAUGAUUUCAAAGCUCUAGUUUUUGAAUUCAUGACAAAUGGGAGCUUGGAAAUGUGGUUGCAUCCGAUGAAAGAUAGUGACAAUCAAUCAAAAAAUUUGAGCCUUCUUCAAAGACUAAUUAUUGCAAUUGAUGUGGCUUUUGCUUUAAACUAUCUUCACAAUCAUUGUGAGCAAAAAAUCAUUCAUUGUGAUUUAAAGCCAAGCAAUAUUCUUCUUGAUAGUGAUAUGAUUGCUCAUGUAAGUGAUUUUGGCUUAUCAAGGCUCCUCACAACUUUGAAUGGUUCUUCCCAAAAGUGUGCCAGCACAAUUGGAUUAAAGGGAUCUAUCGGUUAUGCUGCUCCAGAGUAUGGCAUGGGCGGUGAAGCAUCAACUGAGGGGGAUGUAUAUAGUUAUGGAGUCCUUGUGUUGGAAAUGUUCACAGGAAGGAGACCCACUGAUGAUAUGUUUAAAGAUGGUCUCAAUCUCCAUAAAUUUGUUCAGAUGUCCUUACCAAAAAGGCUCAUUCAAGUUGUCGACCCAAUGCUUUUGCCAAGAGAAGUUGAAGAAAUGGAAGUAGCAACUGCAACAAUGAUGGCAACAAAAGAAGAUGACAAUGACAAUGAAAUUGUAGAAGAAGCUAAUAAUACUGAGGACUUUAGGCAUAUUGAUGUGGAUAUGCAAAAGUACUUACUCUCAAUCCUUAAUAUUGGAAUCUUAUGUUCACUGGAAUCUCCAAAAGAGAGAAUCAAUAUGGAGGAAGUCAUUAAGGAACUACAAUUGAUAAAAAGUACUUUUGUUGGUUUGGGGAUUCGUAGAGGUAGACCAAGUAGAGCUCAAAGGCCUGGAACAACUAGAAGAGAUUAAAUGUCUUUAAUAAUGCUUAGAUUAUGCAAGGGAUUAUGAGUCAUGAUCUUGAUUUCUAGCUAGUUUAAUAUCCCUUGUUGAAAUGAUCAAUGGAUUAUUUUCUUUCUCUUCUAGUGUAG